GCCUCACUUCGGCCCCAACAUCUGCGAUGGGCACUUUGACACCAUCGCCAUCCUCAGGGGAGAAAUGUUUGUGUUCAAGGAUAAGUGGUUUUGGCGGGUGCGUAAUAACCACGUGUUGGAUGGAUACCCAAUGCCAAUUGGUCACUUUUGGAGGGGGUUGCCCACUCAUAUUAAUGCUGCAUUUGAAAGGGAUGAUGGGAAAUUUGCUUUCUUUAAAGGAGACAGAUACUGGGUGUUCACCGAAUCAAUUCUUGACUCUGGCUACCCCAGGAGUCUUAAAGAGAUGGGCACAGGGCUUCCCAAAGAUCGAAUAGACGCUGCUCUCUACUACACCCCCACUGGACAGACUUAUUUCUUCCGGGGAAACAACUAUUACCGUUUCAAUGAAGCGUCCCAGACAGUUGACGAUGGCUAUCCGAAAACUAUUAGCGUGUGGCAGGGCGUUCCUGAUAACAUCAAGUCAGCCUUCAUGAGCAAAGAUCAAGGUAAGGGUGGCAUGUGUCAGAUUAUCUAGAUUAUUCAUCACAUGUCACUGU